AUAACAAAUGCACUUCCGGCGGCUGAAAUUUUCUCGACUUUUCAACGCAAUUUCUGUCGUUAUUACCCAAUAUUUUGAAAAUCGGACAGUCCUCAGAUAAUCAUGUCUUUAGUUGACCUUGGCAAGAGGUUGCUGGAAGCUGCUAAGAAUGGCAGAGAUGAAGAAGUGAGAACAUUGAUGGCAAAUGGUGCACCAUUUACAACAGAUUGGCUGGGUACAUCCCCUCUUCACAUGGCAGCUCAAAUGGGUCAUGUGACGACUGCUGAAGUGUUACUUCGGGCAGGAGUUAGUCGUGAUGCAAGAACUAAAGUAGAUAGAACACCACUACACAUGGCAGCACAAGAAGGUCAUGCACAGAUUGUAGAAUUAUUAUUAAAACAUAGUGCUGAUAUUAAUUCAAAAGAUAUGCUUAAAAUGACACCACUUCAUUGGGCAGUUGAAAGAGAACACCUUGAUGUAAUUGAUUUGUUGAUAAGAAAUGGUGCAGAUAUAGGAUAUUUAAAUAAGUUUGACAAGACAGCUUUAGAAAUAGCCAUAGAUAAAGACAAUCAUGAAAUGAUACUAUUACUACAAAAUGCACAGUUUAGUCUUGUUAAUGGAACAUCUCAUUCAACAAUAUCUGAAAAUACUGCCACUGAAACCACAACAACUACAUCAGCUAGUAAUAUACAGACAUUGGUGACAGCGGCAGCUGCCGUCAAAGACAAUCAUUCUGUUAUCAGUAUGUCAACAACUACUGCACAGGAAACAUUAUCAUGGCUUGAAGCACAGACAGUCACUGUGGAUAGUGGACAGGCAGUGUCUGUAGAUGGUGAACAGACAUUAACAUUAACUGAAGCCGGUAAACUUGCAUUGAAUUGGCCUAAAAACCAAGCAUCGACAGCUGAUAAUGGUGGUAGUGGUGACAACAUUGCACAAGUGUCAGAGAAUGUGGAUGUUGAGAAUGCAAUUGAACAGGAAAAUCAGGAGUCUGCUGUGGAGAAAGAACUGCUUGAAAAGCAACUGCAUGAAGUACAGAAACAAGCAGAUACCUACAAACAUCAACUAGCCUUGAAGCAAAUGGAGGCAGACACUUAUAAACAAAAACUUGAAGAAAUAUCAGGACAGCAAGUGCCAUCCGAUCAAUGA